CGCUUCUGGGGGGGGGGAGGCCCCGCCCGCCACCGCCUCCCCGGGGGCCUUUCCAAGGGCGGGAGCCUCUCUGCCUCCCACCCGCGUCCAGGGGAAGGCGGGGGCUCUGCGGGGAAUUUGCGAAGCCUCCCCCGUACACGCCACUCCUGCGAGGGAGGCUCCUCCCCUCCGCGCCCUGAACUGACCCUGGCCCCACCGCCCGGCCCGAAGCGAAACGGGGCUCCUCGCGUGGGUAGAGCGUGGCCGGCGUCCAGGCCCGCCACACCCAGCAGCCCCACGCGGGGCAGGACCGCCGAGCCGGGAAACGAAACCGAAAGCUCCGGUGGCGCUUGGCGUCUACUGCGCAGGCGCCAAGCCUGCUCUUCGCCUCGUGGUCUGCGGGCUGAUCGUCUUCGCGGAGCUCCCCGAAAGCGGCGGCCGAAGCUGCCUUUCCAGCGCCAGGUGGGGAGGGGGCUGCUCCCCGCCCUUGGCCCGAGAGACCGGCGGCCCUCCGGAGGGUGCAGCCUUCCCUUCCAGGCCCAGCAAAGGGAACCAAGGAGCCCCAUGGCCACCUCUGGGAAGCAGACGGCCUUGGGGCAGCUGGGCCAGGAGGCCACCUGUCCACUCUGCCUGGACCUCUUCGAGCAGCCGAUGGUCCUGUCCUGCGGGCACAACUUCUGCCACGACUGCCUGGCCCAGCUGGGCGCUGAGUUUUCUUGCCCCCAGUGCAGAGCCAAGGUGGGGCGUGACAGCGCCUGCCCCAACCAACCCCUGGCCAACAUCGUCUGCCACCUGAAGAGGCUGUGGCUGUCUGGGGGAGCCCAGGAGGAGGGCAGCCGCCGCCAGCUGUGCCAGGAACACGGGCAGCCCCUGCAGACCUUCUGCUCCAGUGAGAAGAGCCUCCUCUGCCCCGGCUGCCUGAAGGGGCACCAGGACCACCCCCUCCUCUCUCUGCCCGAGGCUGCCCAGGAGUACAAGGACCUGCUGGAUGGCCUCCUGGAGCCCCUGAGGAAGGAGGGGCAGAAGCUGCUGGAGCAGAGGCAGGCAGAAGAGCAGAGCCGGCAGGAAUGCCAGGAGCAAUUUGCCUCUGAGAAGCAGAAGGUGGGCCUGGCGCUGGAGUCCCUGCAGGAGCUGCUCCGGGGGGGGCAGUCGGUGUGGCUGGCCUGGCUGGCCGAGCAGGAGGAGAAGAUGGAGGCCGAGUGGGGGGUCGCCCUGGCCCAGCUCUCCGGGGAGGCCUCCCGCCUGCAGCAGCUGAUGGCCCAGACGGAGCGGAAGUGCCGGCAGCCGGACGGGGAGUUCCUGCAGGACAUCCAGGACACCGUAGACAGGUGCCGGAGUUAUGUGGUGGGUCGCGUGGAGAGGGUCUCUCCCAGGCUGCAAGACAGACACAGGACCUUCUUGGAGAAAAACGCUUCUGUAAGGCUGGUGGUGGACAAUUCCAAAGCCUCUCUGCAGAAGACUCUGACCAGGGGGAACCUGGAUCGACUUCUGGCCACGGUGCCUGUGCCACAAGCCCCCCAAACUCCAAGGUCGUCUAAAGUCUACGUCAUGCCGAACAACGCAACCGCCCACCCGCGGCUCUGGUGCCAGGGAUCCACGGUGACUUGGGCCAACACAUAUCAGCAAUGCCCGGAUGUACCAGAGAGGUUCGACCAGGAAUUGUGUGUCCUGGGCAAUGGGAUAUUCACCACAGGAUGGAACUGCUGGGAAGUGACCGUGCAGGAGCCAGACAAUGUCCCUGUGUGGGACAGACCAUGCUGGGCCAUCGGGGUAGCCAAGGAGUCCGUCCGCAGGAAGGGGGGCUUCCAGCUGAGCCCCCAGGAGGGAAUCUGGGCCGUGGGGAAGAGUGCUGGGGGGGAGAUGGUCGCUUUCUCCAAGAGUCCGCAGAAGCUGAGCUUGCGAUGUCCGCUGCGGAGGCUGCGGGUGAGGCUGGGCUACGAGGCAGAAACGGUGGAGUUCCUGGAUGCGGAGACGGAGACUUUCCUCCACAGGUUCCAGACGGGGCCCUUCCUUGGCGAGACGCUCCGGCCUUUUUUCUAUCUGGGCCAGGAGAGGUUCACCCUUCAAUGUGAGCCAUAUCCACAGCCUCCACAAGGGCCCGUGCAUUUCUCAUUCUACAGAUGAGAAAUAUAUGAUAGAAUGGAGAAGAUGAAUAGAUUAUAUUCAAAGUAAAUAUCGAACUAAAAAAUUUCAAAUAGUUUAGGAAUAGAUAGAUGUUGUUAUGUAUUCAAAUUUAGUUUGGUAAAUGGGGAGUUAAAGUAUUAGACGGAGGUAGGAGGUUAUAAUUAGACUAUGUUAGAUUAUGAUCGUUGAAUGUUACACCCUGUAUUUUACUCUGGGAAGU